AAAGAUCAUCACAAUUUCUUUGAACGAUAAUGUUUAGAAAAUUCAUUCAAAUUCAGCUAAAAUAAAAAAAGUUAAAGUUUAAAUUAAAAUUUAAGUGAAAUAAUUGAAACUAAUAUGACGCCCUAUGUGAACGCAUUUUUUAGCUAUUUAAUUGAAAAUCAGCACCAAUUUCCGGAUAUUCCGAAGGAGGAGGCACUGCGUCAGGCUGCGCGGAAUUGGAAUGACUUAAGCUCGAUGGAAAAGCGGACCUAUCGAACAAAGAUAGAGAAUCGCAGUGAAAGCAAGAAGCAUAAUUGUUCCAAUCGCCGUCAUAGACGCAAAAUGGAAAAACCUAAGCCCACAAUUUUCCGCUUAAAGAGAUUUUGCAAUUUAAAAGCAACUAAUGCAAUGGCCACGGACGUGAAGUUCAACGAAACGCUGAGCUGCAGCGAUCCGCAGUCACAUCCGGUGUUGAUCAUCGGCCAGCUGCGCCAUCUCAAUCUGCUGAAGUUCAGCCACCUGGAGAGCAAGCUUAGUCCGCGGGUCAGCGAGGAGACCUUCUCGCAUGCCGUGGCCUGUCUGCAUCCGGCUCCCACGGACAAGGUGUCCCUCUACCUGGACACGGCCACUCUGGCCGCCCUGCCGUUGAAGGCCUCCCGCCAUAACACUGCCUCCCGGGCCCAUGCCAUCACCCGUCUGGUGAAGAACCAUGUGCUGAACGUCGCCGAGGAGAGCGUGGUGCUCGUCUGCGAGCGGGAGAAUCUCUUCGCCAGCGCCUGUGCGGUGGUCCGGGCUUUUCCUCUCUAUUCCCGCAAAACGGGAAAUCUGCACGCUGCUGCCACAGUUAAGCAGGAGUUCGGAUGCGGUGAUGAUGGCGAUGGUAACAAGGAUGCACGCAACGUGGUGAACGUGGAGUUUCUGCUGAUCAACAAAGAGGGCGGCGUGGGGUGCGAACCUCUGACGGCGGACGAAAUAAAGUGCCUGAAUGAGACGGCCCGGGGCAUCCGACUGACCGCUCGCAUCGUGGACAUGCCCUGCAACGAGAUGAACGUGGACCACUUCAUCGAGGCCGUCGAGGAGGUGGGCAGGAAGCUGUGCCUCCAGCCGCAAGUAAUCCGCGGCGAGGAGCUGAAGCAGCGCGGCUUUGGCGGCAUUUACGGCGUGGGCAAGGCUGCGGCCGUGCCACCUGCCCUCGUGGUGCUCUCCCAUCUGCCGAAGGGCGCCCAGGACACCAUCGCCCUGGUGGGCAAGGGCAUCGUCUACGACACCGGUGGCCUGAGCAUCAAGGCCAAGACCGGCAUGCCGGGCAUGAAGCGCGAUUGCGGUGGAGCGGCCGCCAUCCUAGGCGCCUUCUACGCGGCGGUCAAGUGCGGAUUCAAGGACAACCUGCAUGCUGUCUUCUGCUUGGCCGAGAAUUCAGUCGGUCCGAAUGCCACACGUCCCGAUGACAUUCACACCCUUUACUCGGGCCGCACAGUGGAGAUCAACAACACAGACGCCGAGGGCCGCUUGGUGCUCGCCGAUGGCGUUUGCUUUGCCAACAAGGAUCUAAAGGCCAAUAUCAUCCUCGAUAUGGCUACAUUAACUGGAGCUCAGGGGGUAGCAACAGGCAAAUAUCAUGGUGCCGUAUUGACAAACUCGGAGACUUGGGAGGAGAAGUCGUUGCAGGCUGGACGCAAAUCCGGCGAUUUAUUGGCGCCCAUAAUUUAUUGCCCCGAAUUGCAUUUCUCCGAAUUCGCUUCGGCCAUUGCUGAUAUGAAAAACUCGGUGGCGGAUCGACAGAACGCGCAAUCGUCCUGCGCCGGCCUCUUCAUCGCUGCCCAUCUGGGCUUCGACUAUCCCGGCAUUUGGAUGCACGUCGACAUGGCCACGCCCGUGCAUUGUGGGGAGCGUGCCACUGGCUACGGCGUCGCCCUGUUGCUGACCCUCUUCGGUGGCCACACGAAUUCCAAGCUGCUGCAAUCGAUCGCCCCCUCCGACGAGGAGCCGCCCUCGAAGCGCCUGUGCCGCGACUAACUCAGCCCGCCGCCGCCUGCGCCAAGUGCCUACCCGAUUAAUAUGCAUUUCAAUCAUUUGUUUAAUUGUGCUCCAGGGCUAGCAGCCAAUUUGUGUAGCCGAUAGGCACCAAAAAAGGACCAUUGUAAUUUAGAAAUAAACGAAGUACGAAAUUAAA